AGAUGACGUACUUACAUGGGCAACCGUUGCAACUUGACAGCUGAACAACAAUACUGCUAAAAUGAGCUCAUUGGCAACAUUACCAACAUUUCAAACAUCUAAGGACCGAUUGGUGUCUCACUUCAGUAUGAAUUGAAUCUGUCCUCGACCCUUCUUUAGGUAUACGGUCGUUUUUAUUGCGGAUUAAAGGCUGUUUUACAGACAUCAUCAUGUCGUUUCUGGUGGACUCAGUCAUCAUGUUCACCUCACAGGUGCUGUUCUUUGGAUUUGGCUGGUUAUUCUUUAUGCGGCAGCUGUUUAAAGAUUAUGAGAUACGACAGUAUGUUGUCCAGGUGGUUUUCUCCAUCACUUUUGCCUUUUCAUGUACCAUGUUUGAGCUUAUCAUCUUUGAGAUCCUGGGCGCCAUGAGUAGCACCUCUAGGUAUUUUCACUGGAAGCUCAACUUGUAUGUGAUACUGCUGGUCCUUAUCUUUGUGGUGCCUUUCUACAUUGGUUACUUUGUUGUCAGCAACAUACGUCUGUUGCAGAGACAGAAGCUUCUGUUCGCUUGCAUGGUCUGGUUCACCUUCAUGUAUUUCUUCUGGAAAUUGGGAGACCCAUUCCCAAUCCUUAGUCCCAAACAUGGCAUCCUGUCCAUUGAGCAGCUGAUCAGCCGUGUUGGUGUGAUCGGAGUCACCCUCAUGGCUCUGUUGUCUGGCUUUGGUGCAGUCAACUGUCCGUACACAUACAUGUCCUAUUUCCUCAGAAAUGUAACGGACAGUGACAUACUUGCUCUGGAAAGAAGGCUGCUACAGACUAUGGACAUGAUUGUAAGCAAGAAGAAAAGAAUUGCCAUGACGCGGAGGCAGAUGUACCAGCGCGGGGAAGACCAGAACAAACAGACUGGAUUCUGGGGCAUGAUCAAGAGUGUAACCUCCACACCACCAGGCAGCGAAAAUCUUUCUCUGAUCCAGCAGGAGGUUGAUGCUCUAGAGGAGCUGAGUCGGCAACUCUUUCUGGAGACUGUGGACCUUCAAUCCACCAAGGAGCGAAUUGAGUACUCCAAGACUUUCAAGGGGAAGUACUUCAAUUUCCUCGGAUACUUCUUUUCCAUCUACUGUGUUUGGAAAAUCUUCAUGGCCACAAUAAACAUUGUGUUUGAUCGAGUUGGAAAGACGGAUCCAGUGACGAGGGGUAUUGAAAUUACAGUGAACUGGUUGGGCAUCCAGUUUGAUGUAAAGUUUUGGUCCCAACACAUCUCCUUCAUCUUGGUGGGAAUAAUAAUCGUAACAUCCAUCCGGGGCUUACUCAUCACCCUCACUAAGUUCUUCUAUGCGAUAUCGAGCAGCAAGUCCUCCAAUGUCAUCGUGCUUGUCCUUGCUCAGAUCAUGGGGAUGUAUUUUGUAUCAUCUGUCCUGCUGAUGCGUAUGAGCAUGCCGCUGGAGUAUCGCUCCAUCGUGACGGAGGUUCUGGGAGAGCUGCAGUUCAACUUCUACCACCGCUGGUUUGACGUCAUCUUCCUGGUCAGCGCCUUGUCCAGCAUCCUCUUCCUUUAUCUCGCCCACAAGCAGGCCCCAGAGAAACAAAUGUCCCUCUGAUCGCCUGCAUCUCUGGAUGUGACCCCUGAACCCUGGGGGACUUUGAAUCUGGAAUUCAGGGAUAUCCAGAAACCAGGGUUUUUUAUAUAUAUGGGACAUAAUUAUCUGGACUGCCUGUUCCUGAAUCAGGAAUGGCUAAUUGUUGGAUACUAGUGAUGGGGGACUAUUGGAGCAAAUUUGGAAAAAACAUAACAAAUAUUGUUAAUUCAACAUACAUAUGAAUGCAAACACUUUGCUCUCUGUGCCCCUUAAUUCUCAUUAUAUUUGCUUUUGUCUGAACACACUGGAGUUGUUCUGUUCACGGCACAUCCCUGCUUCUCUCCUACUGAGGUGAAAAUGGACUAAGGAAAGAUCAUGAUGUAACUCAUGGUCAUGACAGAAAAUAUGUAAUUCAGUAAUUGGGAACAAAAACAAAAACCCAUAAAGUAAACUUAAUUCACAUA